AUGAACGACGAAGGUGUUAAAGGUGAACCUGGAGAAGCUGGACCAGUCGGCCCUCCUGGUUUUUUAGGUUUAAAAGGUGUUCAAGGACUUCCAGGAGCUCCAGGCCUAGAGGGGGAAUGUGGUUAUGAUGGGAUAAGAGGACCACCUGGAACACCAGGUGCACCCGGAGUCACUGGGGGGAUUGGACGACGAGGGAUCAAUGGGACAGAGGGUGAUCCAGGUCCUGCUGGUCCCAGGGGUCGAGUUGGCCCUCCUGGUCCAAUAGGGUUGGUAGGACAGAUAGGUGUACCAGGACCUCAAGGAUCUCAGGGCCAAUCUGGAGUUGAUGGUCCAUAUGGUCCAAAAGGGGAAACGGGCACUGUAGGUCCUGUGGGCAUCAGGGGAUCCCCAGGCCUUGAAGGAUCUAUGGGGAUUCCUGGAAGUCCUGGAUCAAAGGGGUUUCCAGGUCAAUGUGGCUUUACAGGACUGGAUGGUGACAAAGGGGAAACUGGGCCGAAAGGAGACAAAGGUGCUCCAGGUGGUAGAGGGAUCCCGGGCCGUCAGGGGGAGAGAGGGGAGCAAGGGUCAGCGGGUCUCCCAGGGGACAGAGGUCAGCCCGGGCCACAGGGGAAAGAGGGUGAAGACGGUGAAGAGGGCCUUCAGGGCUCACUGGGGAGACAGGGGCCAAAGGGUAACAGAGGUGUACAAGGACAGAAGGGUAUGAUAGGACCUAAAGGACCAAGAGGUCGUACUGGGCUCCCUGGUCAGUUUGGACUGCCUGGCACAGCGGGUUUCAGAGGCCAAGUCGGGAUAGAGGGACCAGAAGGAAAGCCUGGUACACAGGGUGCUCCUGGUCUGAUUGGUGUCAUUGGUCCUAAAGGAGACAGAGGUUUUCCUGGGGCAUCUGGCGAAUUAGGACAGACCGGUCCAAAGGGGGCAGUGGGCCAGACAGGAAUCCCUGGUUCAAAUGGGGCACCUGGACGUACAGGGGAGAGGGGCUUCACUGGGAAACCCGGGUUAACUGGCCCUCAGGGACCAGUGGGCAUGUAUGGUUACCCAGGAGCAGUGGGUCCAGUUGGGACACCAGGCCACAUGGGAGAAAGAGGAGAUGCAGGAGUCAGGGGGCCACUGGGAAGCAAAGGAAUGCCUGGACCUCAAGGUCUGCGUGGCCCUGUUGGUGAGAGAGGACCCCCAGGACUACAGGGCUUUCAAGGAGCAGUGGGGUCAAAAGGGGUUCGGGGACAGCCAGGCCCUCCAGGACGUCCCGGUCCCCAGGGCCCUGUCGGAGCUGUGGGGCCCAUUGGGAGUCAGGGGCCUCCAGGGAAACAGGGGCCCCCAGGAGUCAGAGGGUUUCCAGGAACAGCAGGUAUUGGAGGAGCAAUGGGUGCAUCUGGAAACAAAGGAGAGAGGGGCAUUAUGGGUCCUGCUGGAGAUCUUGGCCCACCUGGACUAGAUGGCUUGCAGGGUCCACCUGGUCCAUCUGGAGAAGAAGGAAAACCUGGAAGAAAAGGUGUCCAGGGAUUUCCUGGAGCCAAAGGACCACAGGGAAUGAAAGGCCUUAAAGGAGAGCCUGGUCUUCAGGGCUCACAGGGACUGACAGGCAAACCUGGGCCCAGGGGCAAAGAGGGAGGAAUUGGUGUUCCAGGAAAACGUGGAGAUGCAGGGCCUUAUGGACCAAAGGGAAAUAUUGGAGCUCGUGGGUUGGCAGGAUCAGAUGGCCCUUUAGGUCUGCCAGGAAAACAGGGUGCAAGAGGGACUACAGGGGAUAAGGGAUAUCCUGGUGUGAUGGGCGCUGUUGGUCUGAGGGGGAAGGCUGGACCAAUGGGAUUAAUGGGGCAAAUGGGUUUUCUAGGACUUUCGGGGCUUCCAGGUCAUGUUGGAAAACAAGGACAAAAGGGGGAAAGGGGCCCAAACGGUUUGAGAGGGGAAGUUGGAGUACCUGGUCCAAAGGGAGUGUCAGGACGCAGAGGGCUCAAAGGGGAAACGGGUCAGCUUGGACCUAAAGGGUCCAUUGGUGUCAGAGGAAGACCGGGAAAUGCUGGUCCGAAAGGAUUUUCUGGGCCACAGGGACCAAGUGGAGAACCUGGAGUCAAAGGAGAACAAGGAGACGUGGGCUCUGAUGGACUUCAGGGACAGAAAGGACAAAAAGGGUCACCUGGACCAAAGGGUGAAGAAGGUGACCUGGGUCCGGAUGGUCCAGUUGGUCCACGUGGUCCUCAGGGGCCUAAGGGUCUCCUCGGUAUGGAAGGAAAAAAUGGUGUAAAGGGCCAAAAGGGCAAUGAAGGCAAGAGGGGACCCCCUGGGAAGAGUGGACACACAGGGAGGAAGGGAAAAAAGGGAAAAUCAGGGAGUAGGGGCCUCAGAGGAAAAAGUGGCGAAAAGGGAAAAACUGGCACCAUGGGUUCACCUGGUCCACCGGGCAGACGAGGCCCUUAUGGCAAACGCGGGCCACAAGGUCAAAAAGGCAACAAGGGACGACCAGGCAUUAAGGGUGAGCCAGGAGCAAUGGGGCCACCUGGACCUUUUGGUGGAGAUGGUUUGAAGGGAGUUAGAGGCCGGAUUGGAGUCCGAGGGAAAAUUGGACAGAAAGGAGAGCAGGGAGAUAUUGGCUCACCUGGUCCUCGUGGAGCACCUGGAUUACCUGGAUUACCUGGAUUAUUCGGACCAAAGGGGCUUAAAGGAUUUUCAGGAGCACGGGGUCAUAAAGGACUUAAAGGAAAACCAGGGCCUCCAGGUCGACCUGGACCACCAGGGCCUUCUCUGAACCGCACACUUCAUCAGAUGAAGGAGAUGAUGUUCAUGUCAGACAGACCUAACUACUUGUUGGUUCAGAAUCUGCUGGAGUCCCUGCAGACAGACCUGCGCUGGUUCAUCAAUCCUCCAGAGGGCACCAGAGAGCAUCCCGCCACCACCUGCAUGGAGUUGUGGCUGGCUCAACCCAAUGCCACAAAUGGGAUGUAUUUCAUUGAUCCAAACCAAGGAAGCCCAGCAGAUGCUUUCCAAGUGUAUUGUGACUUUAUAGUGGAGCCAAAGACCUGCCUAUCCCCUCUCCAGUCUCAGGUUCCAGUUAAACCCUGGCUAAAAGAAUCUGACAUUGGUUUGUCAUUUAGUUGGCUGAGUACAUUUAAAGAUGGCUUUCAGUUUGAAUAUCCCGGUGUGGAUGUGGUGCAGCUGAGGUUCCUGAGACUCCACAGCCGACUGUCCUCUCAGACGAUACAAUAUUCAUGUGGUCCAGGGAGCAGACAGAGUGGAAAUAAAAGAGAAAUCAAGUUUUUAUCUGAUACAAGGGACCAGAGCUACCUGUCCACACUGCGGGACUGUGAGCCCUCAGGAGAUUGGGGCUCAGGAUCGCAGGAAUCUUUUUUUGAGUUUGAGAGUGAAGACUUGGAGUUGCUCCCUCUCAGGGAUAUUGCCGUGUUUGGAAAUCAUGAAGUAACCCAGGACUUUGGCUUCACAGUGGGACCGGCAUGCUUCAGCUAACACUGAACUGUCAGCCGACAUU